AUCUCAGAGUCUGCGCACUAGUCCACCAUUUUGGAUAGAUUCACGUGGAGUGUUACCUAAAAGGUCGAGAACUAAAUAAAGUAUGGUCCGUCCAAAGAAACAGAGCAAGCGGAUGACAGCCCACAAGAAAUACAAAAUUCAGCGAAAGAUCAGGGAGCACCUUCGGAAACAACGGAAAGAGGCCAAACUUAGUGGAAAAACAAAAAAACACAAGAAAGAUCCAGGAGUUCCAAACCUUUUUCCCUUCAAAGAAGAAAUACUGAAACAAGCAGAGGACAAGAAAAGAAGACAAGAAGAAGAUAAAGAAAGAAGAAAGAGGGACAGGUUGAAAGAAGUGAAUAAAAAAAGAAAUCUAGAAAGUUUGCAGAAGGAUGCUGUCAAGAGAGGAAAGGAGUUUGAAAGAAAGGAAGCCAUCAAAGAAAAUUCUCAAUCAGAUAUUUACUCGGCCAGAAAAGCAGAGGGAUCCCUUAAAGCAUAUUACAAAGAAUUCAAGAAGGUUGUUGAUGCUGCAGAUGUUGUCCUGGAAGUAUUAGAUUCUCGUGAUCCUCUAGGAUGUAGAUGUCCACAGGUAGAGGAGGCAGUAUUAUCUUCAGGAGUCAAUAAGAAAUUAGUUUUGAUUUUAAAUAAAAUAGAUUUGUUUUAUACACUGUUGCAUGACAUCACUGUUGUCUUGUAUUGUAGCAUCAUCAACAGUUUAAAGAGAUGUAAAGCUUGUACUGUUGGAGCCACUCCAGGAGUUACAAAGAGCAUGCAAGAGGUACAUCUGGACAAACAUGUCAAACUUCUGGACAGUCCUGGUAUUGUGAUGGACAACAGAAACUCUGAUUCAGCUGUUAUAUUACGGAACUGUGUGAAGGUAGAGAGCAUUGACGAUCCAGUCCCAGCAGUUGAAGCUAUUUUAAAGAGAUGUAAUAAACGACAGGUAAUGGAAAAAUACUUAGUACCAGAUUAUACAGACGUGCAUGAGUUUCUCUCUCACCUUGGUAAGAGGCUUGGAAAAUUAAAGAAAGGUGGCAUCCCCAAUGUAAAUGCAGCAGGGAAAAGAGUAUUGAAAGAUUGGAACAGUGGAAAGAUCGUAUUCUAUACUCAUCCACCAGAACAGCACAAGUUACCUACCCAUUUAUCAGCUGAUAUUGUCAGUGACUGGAGCAAGGAGUUUGAUUUGGAUUCUCUCCAACAGUAUGAACACGACGAAUUGCACGGUCUGCGGGACACAAUGGAGGAUGCAAUGGUGCUUGAAGCUGGUGACCCUGUGGAUGCAGCUGAGAUCGAUGAAGAAGAUUUGGAAUCCGCUGAGGAAGAUAACGACUCAGAUGACAGCGACGACGAUGACGAAGAAGAAGAAGCCAUGGAAGACAGCGACGGGGAGCUGACACAAAAUGAUGGCAUGACAGUUCUCGUCAAGAAUUCAAAAUCUGUUGCACAUCCGAAGGAAGCCACGAAAUCUCGAGGGGCGACUUCAGGUGGACUGGAGCCGAAUGAAAUCAAUGAAUUUAAUUUACAGACCAAUAAGGAGAGAAAGAAGCUUUUUAAGAAGAAGCAGAGAGACAAGCGGAAGCAAGAAGCGAGUCAAGGGGAAGCCAUGGCUGAGGACGACGAUUACAACUUUUAUACUGACUUCAGUUGAAGAGAAAAGGCAUUAUCCUGGAGCAACGGCAAUAACAAUAAAAAAAAGCUUGGAUCUGGAA